AUGCCUUCAGAAGCGGCAAAGAAACGUCAAGCAAAAAAGAAAGCCGCAGCUCAAGCAAGAGGAAAGCCGAAACCUGCGGCAGAAGCAACAGAAAAUGGUGUAGAAGAUUCGCGAGGGACGGAAAAUGGCGCCGUCAAGUUGGAUUUGUCGAGUCGUUCCUGUACCGGCGUUUUGGCUUCACACUUCCAAUCUCGCGAUCUGAAGAUCGAAAACUUUUCGAUAACUUUCCACGGUGUUGAACUCUUAACAGAUACAAAAUUGGAGUUAAAUUGUGGUCGCAGAUAUGGUUUAUUGGGCCUUAAUGGUUGUGGUAAGUAGAUUCGAAUUUCGAAUACAAACGUGUCUUAAUAAUAAAGUGAUUUUACUUUAUAUAAACAUUCUCAAAUUAUUUUUACACGGAAAAUUUCUUAAUUUUUCAAAUGUUUCUAGUCUUGUAGAAUAAGGAUGUACGUGUAAACGUCUCUGUAGAGAACAAUGAUGUAUUAUACUUGUCCACUAGCUUCCUGUUAGUCCAAAUAAUUUUUUGAGGGAACUUUUUUCCCUCCGAGCUUGUUAAGCUGAAUUUAUUAUAGACCGAACGAAUUAAACUAAAUUCUUUCCCUUAAUUUCAGCUUACUUUUAAUUUCCUCUCUUUUAAAGCGUAGGGGUUUCGAUCCAUAGACGAAAGCACUUUUUUCUCAAUUUGUACUUACUCACUUACAAUACAAUGACCAAAAUAGCCUUUAGCACUGUGUUUCGUUAGAAUAUCAAAAUAAAAUUGCUUACGUACUUAAGCUUACAUAUUAUAAGACGACAGCACUUUUUUGAUUAAUUAUUCCAUUUGGUGUAGCUUCACCAUGUUACUAUGUAUUUCACAUUAGCAGCUACAUGUAGCUCAAAAUUAUGUAUUUUGUAUGUUUUCUCAUUCACCUGUAGGAUUUUCCGAGCUUCCCACCACAGAAUUUUUAUUUUAUAUUUACAGUUGACUCCCAAUAACUCAAAUCUUCCAGGGAAAUUGCAAAAAGUUCGAGUUAUCAGGAGUUCAAGCUAUUGGCCCUAUGGGAGUUCAAAGCAAAUACAACCAUAAAAUAAAAUGGCAUGGGAAAGUAAUGCAAGUUUUAUCAACACUUCACUUCAAAGGCAGCAAGAGAUAAUUAUAUUUAGAAAAAGGAAUUAAGCAACAAAGCUUGAUCAAUAGACAGGGCUAGAUAAAAGUACAGAAAAGACUGAUGAAAAAAGACACAGAAUACACGGUUGUUUUGAAAUAAAUUCAAUGUUUCAGACUGCAGUACACUGUUUUUUUUUUGUUUUUUUGUUUCAUGCACUUUUAGCAUAGCCUCGAGCUGUUGAGGGUAAAAUUACACAGAAAUGACCUGAAGGGAAACAAAAAUUACCUCCAGUUAGCGGGAGGUUCGAGUCACCAAGGGUAAAAUUACAGUAAAUAUAUGAAGGAAAUCCAGGGGAAAUCGAUUUUGGUUCAAGUUAACACGAGGUUCAAGUUGCGAGGGUUCGAGUUAUUGGGAGGAAACUGUAUGAAAAAAGAAAAUAUAAUUAUGGUUGUGGGUGUUAAGCAUGGUAAAUACAUGUAUCAUUUUGACCUUUACAUGCAUGAUAUGUUGCCUUUAAAGAUUGGUUUUCAUGGAAGGCCACUCGUUGCUAUUUUCUAUAUACCAUUGCCUUUGCUAUCAGUGUUGGACUGAUUUGUUAUUUUCUGUGUAGGUAAAUCAACUAUGCUUGAAACAAUAGGCAACAGAGAUAUCCCAAUUCCUUCCCACAUUGACAUUUUUCAUCUCAAAAAUGAGAUAGAAGCAUCUGAUAAAACAGCUCUUCAAUGCGUCAUGGAGGUUGAUGAGGAGAGGAUGAGGCUUGAAGCAGAGGCCGCUGAACUCACAAAACUUGGAGAUGAAGGAAGUGAGAGGUAUUAACGCAUGUUUAUUGCUAACAUUAUCAGCUUCUUAAAAGAUAAGCACUCACCGUCCUACUGAUGUUGUAUUUUAAUGUGUAUUAGGUUUAUUUUGGUUCAUUUAGGCUGCUGCCAAAGAAAAUGUUCUGGAAGCUCUGAGGGGCUCCUUAAAUAAAAGCCGAAGCCAAAUUUCUAGGAGCCCAUAGAUUGAUAGACUUAAAUAAGUGAGCAGAUCCUCAAAACUAGAUUCAUUCGAGUUUUGAGACGCGUGAAUCAACUUUCGCGUCUACAAUUAUAUGUUUUUGAUAACGAAAGACAACAAUCAUUCCUUCUGAUAUGAUGAGAACACUCCUUAGUCUUCUCCUUUGGUAUAAAAGCAAACAUAAUCAUAGCCAGUAGAUCAGAAAUCUGUCUAGGCUUUUUUCAAGAGUUAUCAGGAAGAUUUUAAAAGAGCCAUGUCUGCUGGUUGUGAUAAGAAAAUAAAUAUUGAAGUGACUGUGAGGAACGAUCAACAUUACUAUAGUGUCAUGUCAUAAGGGCUGUAAUUGUGAUUUUAAGUUGCCAGGUACUGUAUGCAAUAAGUAGGCAAGGAAAUGAACAGUGAGGAGGUUCUUUUGUUUCUUUUUCCUUUUGUAUCCCAUGAAAUUAGCCGAGGGUCGUAAUAAGAGUAACCAGAGAAAAUACCCAGCCCAUGCAGGGUGCAAAGAAAGUCGGUUUUACGGCUUGCCAUUCGGGUAAGUUGUUGCUAGUAUGUACUAGCCCAAGAGUCUUUUACGUAAGCCCCAAGAAAUUUUUGAUGAGCAGCAUUGAUUACAAUUCUUCUGUAAUUUGAAUUUCCCGAAAACUUCACUUGCCCUUCAGGCAAGUAAAGAACAGAAUUCACUGGCCCAAUUGCAAAAUCCAGUAGCCCAGGGCUAUCGGACACGACUUUCUUUGCAUGCUGUCAUGGCUCUACAGUGACAGCCCUGUAUUAUGUUACUUAAAUCGUUAUUAAUUUCUUGUAGGUUAUUAGAUGUCUUUGAAAGACUUGACGAGCUUGAUGCAGACAAGGCCGAGACCCGAGGUGCUGAAAUCCUGAGUGGUUUAGGCUUCACUCCGUUAAUGCAACAGACUAAAACCAAAGAUUUCUCUGGAGGUUGGCGCAUGAGAAUCGCGUUAGCAAGAGCCCUGUUUGUAAAACCAACUCUUCUGUUAUUGGAUGAACCCACAAACCACUUGGAUUUGGAUGCUUGCGUUUGGUUGGAAGAGGAGCUGAAAAGGUCUGAUGGUUUAAUUUUAUUUGUUGUCUGUGUUGUUACAAAUGAAAUUGUUACAAAUUCUAGGGAAUUCCAUCUUGUCAACCCACCACUUAAUUUCCCCAGCUCAACAGGUUAGGGCAUAAUAAGUGUGUUUAACAACCUCUCUACAUGUAGCUUUUUAUGUGACAAACUUCCCAAACAAUCCUCACUCCAUAGCCUGGUGACCCGCAACUAUGAUACCCUUGAAAUACCAUUGUUUUAAACAGCUGCUGGUCAACAAUCAUUUAUUCUUAGACCUGUCAACCCUUUAAGUCCCAAUAGUGACCAACAGCAAUUUUCUCCUAACGAUAUCCAUACAUUAUCUUGAGAUGAGGUUAUGAGAAUUAAUGAAAUGAUCACCUAAGAGAAACUAUUUUGAUCUUUUAUGAAAUUCUCUCAACUCAUUGUUUAAGGAAAUGUAUAGAGAUCAGUUUGGAGAAUUUGUAUUUGGAUAUUGGGGCUUAAAGGGUUAACAUCUGCAACAACUAAGAUGACAACAAGUUAAUUAACAAAACUGAAUUAUGGAUCAGUUUCUUUCUGAGCAGUGAUUUUAGUGUAAUAUUUUUUUUUUGAGCUGAUCAUGUAAAUAGUGACUGAAAAGCUCCAAGGGGAGCUACUAUUAAAGUAUCAAGCUAUCUGUAAGCUUUAUAGGGUACCAUUACUGUAUUGCAAAGUUUGAUGGAUGAUUCGCUGAUAGUCUUCUCGUCUUUUAUCUGCAUGGCUGCAUCAUCAAAAGGGCUUUUCUUCUUUGUGGUUCUUUGCAGUUACAAGAGGAUAUUAGUGAUGAUUUCUCACUCUCAGGAUUUUCUUAAUGGCGUGUGCACAAAUAUCAUUCACAUGCACAAGGGAAAGCUUGUGUAUUAUGGGGUAAGCAAAAAUCAUCCUUAGUGACUAUUUAAUUUCAGCCAUAGUGUCAUCUGUCAGUGUGCCAGUUUACAUAUUCUGCCCAUUUUCUUGUCAGAUCUUGCAUAAUUAUCUCAACUGUAAAUAAAUCAAAUGCCGGUCAGAGAACCUUUUAUUACCACAUAGUGCACGUCUGGAACAAUCUAGACUGUACUCUCAAAACCUCAAAAUCAAUUUCUUCUGUAAAAUUUUACCUGAAAAAUAAAUUUGAUUACUAACUUUUUAAGUAGCAUGCAUUGUAGUAUUUUAUUAUAUUUGAACUUUAAAAUAUGCAUGUUUGUACAGCUUGUAGUGAUAGUAUUUUAUUAUUUAAUAAUAAUUAUAUAUAUAACUUUUAAAUAGGCACGUUUUAUUGUAUUUUUUUACUGCAUUCUUUCCUUUUUAAUUGAAUUGUAAACCCUUUUUUUAAUUUAAUUAGUUUAUUUUAUUUGUCUGGCAUUGUCACUGAAAAGCCCCACCAGGGCAGUGUUAGUAAGUAAUGGUAAUAGGACGGAGUGGAGUCCAAUCCGGUCUGUAAUCAUAUGAGUAAUUAGCAAAAUCAGACGACUGCCUAACGGGAGUCCGAUUUGUUUAAUCACAAGUAUGAUUACAGACGGAACUGGACUUUUUUAAAAAUCAAAACACAAGAAAUUCUAAGAUUUUUUUGCUAGCAAUGAAAAAAAAAAGCCAUUUAAGCGUGCAUGAUAGCACGUACUGUCCUGUUAAACUGUCCUAUUAAGGCUGAAAUCAGGGCAGUUGAUAACCAAUCAGAUUUGAGAAUUUUGUUAUAGUUAUGAUUAACUAUUGUAAAUGUAUUGUAACUGUGCUAAAUGAUCUAAAGUAAUUGAAAUCUUUCCCUUUAGUACAGCCACAUUGUGUACAAAUAUAAGCUAUGCCCAUAUUACUUAAUAUUAAGUUAUGAUUGCUUUCUUUUCUGAAGGGUAAUUAUGAUUCCUACGUCAAGACAAGAGCAGAAAUUGAGGAGAACCAGAUGAAACAGUAUGCCCGAGAACAAGAUCAAAUCAAACACAUGAAGGUGAGUGUUUGAUACCAUCCUGUCAAUACUACCAAAUUGUCAUGGCCUAAUAAAUGCUGUGUAAUGGCUGUCUAGUUCCAGGGCUCAAAAUUAAAAAAAUCUUCAGGUCGCCUUUUGGCGACCAACUGGAGAAAUAUAGUCGCCAGAUGCAGAUUUUUAGUCACCAGUUUGUAUAAUGUAUAAAAUAUGAUGCAACUCAUUAAGUAUGGCGUGAUCCAUCAGAUUUGGUUGUUUGAAAAUAGUGCGGACCGAAGUCGGUAUAAAUUUCAGGGUAAACUGGCUUUGUUUAUGUGAUUUGCACUUUUUUAUGUCAAAAGCAAAGCAAGAUAGCCUGAAAUGUUUGUUUUAACUUUACUCUCUUAAUUCAAAUCUAAAUCAUAGAGAAAUCCAGUCACCAAAGUGGCGACUAAACCAGAGUUUUUAGUCGCCAAGGAAAAAAUGUUAGUCGCAUUGGCAACUGUAUCAGUUGCAAUUUCAAGCCCUGAGUUCAUUUUGUUUAUAAUGCCAGUUACUUGUCCUUAUUCGCUAUGGAACUUGAAAAAUUACUUGUGAAUGACAAAAUCUCAGCUUCGUGUGUAAUAAUAUUUGUCUUCCAAGCAUUGUUUCAAACGUUAUAAACAGCAAGAAUGAACUUUAAAAAUAUUAAUAAUUUACUGUUAGGUUCACAAGUUUUCAAAACUGCCUCCCUGUUUGUAUUUGCUAUUUCCUCUUUCCAUGUCUCACUCAGUUUUGGUGGCAUUUCCCACUGUUUGAAGUUUGAUAAAUUUCACAACACAGCUCCUUUAGAAGGGACUUUAAGAUACCAUAACGGCAACAACAGGGGUGUCAUUAAGAGGCGCGGGCCAGGGAUUUCCCCUGGCUACUAUGAACAUUGCCCCCGGCCACUUUCAAAGGAAAAUAAAAGAAAAAUAGAACAAAAAGAAACCCCUAGCUGUUUGAUUCUUCACCUACUUGUUGUAUUACGCUGUAACUAGCAAUCUUAGUGACAGCCCUUCAACGACAAUCAGACAAGCACAUUUCACCACCAAGUCUCGUUUGUAAGCAAAGUUCUUCUUAUUUGCUCUUACUGUGUUCGUGGGUAUUCCUUUAAACUCAACUAUCAUGAGAAUUUAUUUAUGCAAAGCUUGGCAACUUUACAAUUACCGUAAAAUUCAGAAAAUAUGCCCUGGGGAUUAUAUUUUUCAAAGGACUUUUUUGAGGGACUUAUUUUUGGAGGGGCUUAUAUUCGGAGGGGCUUAUGUACGGAGGGAAAUUUGCGUUUCAAAAUCAAUUGGGCUAGCCUUUUAGUUGGAAGGAAAUUGACCAUUUUUGCUUUGUUUUAAUUUGUAUUUGAGGGCAAUUUCCAAGUACAAGCCCCCAGGGAGCUUAUAUUCGGAGGGGCGAUUUUACGGCGGUUUUUUUACGUUACGAGUUUGGGGGGUUUAUAUUUGGAGGGGCUUGUACAUGGAGGGGCUUAUUUUCGGAAUUUUACGGUAUUUCAAAAUUAGGCUUGGUGGAAGUGAAAUUUGCUUGCCCAACGUAAACAUGCACUAUAAGUUAUUGCUAUCAAGAAUAAUUGCCAAAAACUGUUUUCCCAGGGAUACAAUAUAACAGAUUUGUUUUCUUGGUAAUCACAGGACUACAUUGCUAGGUUUGGUCAUGGAAGUGCCAAGCUGGCAAGGCAAGCACAAAGUAAAGAAAAAGUACUGAGUAAAAUGGUGGCUAAUGGACUCACAGAGAAGGUCGCAAGGGACAAGGUAACAACAUUACCAUACCUACUAUUUUUUUACUCUAUAAACCCUGAUCAUAACUAUAACAAAAUUGUCAAAUCUGAUUGGCUCGCAACUGCCCUGAUUUCAGCCUUAAUUGGACAGUUUAAUAGGACAGUACGCGUCAUGCCUAAGUAGUUGGACAGUACGUGCCCUCAUGCGUGUGCUUUUAAAAUGGCUUUUUUUUUUCACUGCUAGCAAAACAAAAUUUCGAAUUUCUUGUGUUUUGGUUUAAAAAACAGCCUAUUGUAUCACAAAUUUUGUUAAAGUUAUGAUUAAUUGGUAACAGAACUUCGUGUCGUCCAAUUCAGUCUGUAAUCAUACUCGUGAUUAAACAAAUCGGACUCCCGCUACGCGGUCGUCCGAUUUUACACAAAUUUUGUUAAAGUUAUGAUUAAUUGGUAACAGAACUUCGUGUCGUCCAAUUCAGUCUGUAAUCAUACUCGUGAUUAAACAAAUCGGACUCCCGCUACGCGGUCGUCCGAUUUUGUUAAUCACUCGUUUGAUUACAGACCGAAUUGGACUCCACUCAGUCCUGUUAUACCAUUACUAAUAUCAAGAUUUCAAUUCUCAUCGGUUGCCUCCAGGUGUUUCCUAUAGAAAUUUUGAUUAGAACUUCAAAUCUUCAAAUCGAUUGAUCGUUCUUUGCAUCCUAUGGGACGCAUGCCAUGAAUUAUUUUGCAUCUUGGGUUAUUUAUAUGCAUCAGGGAUGCAGGAUGCAGAGGUAACAAAAUAUCUGGAUGGUACAGGUCAAAAUUAUAUUCAAUUUAGAAUUUUUAUCUUGGGUUGAUUCUCAAUUUCCUUUGUUGUUAGCCCCAACUCCUGAACAAUUAGGGCAAACAAGGAGACAAAGGAAAUAGAGAAACAACCUCGCUUAAAAAAUGUUAAGUUGAACUUAAUUUUGACCUAUAACAUAUAAAUUGUUGGAAGAAAAUUGAUCUUGGUCAUCCUUGGGAUUUUAAGGGUUAAUGGCCCGUCAGAGGUUUUAUGAUUCAGUUCAGAAACUAAUUAGUAGUCUUCUUUUGUAAUAAUUUUUUAUUAUUAUUAAUCCAGGUUCUAACAUUCUAUUUCCCUGACUGUGGAAAACUUGCACCACCUGUUGUCCAGGUUCAGGCAAUGAGCUUUAAAUAUGGAAAAGAUAAGGUUAGUUCUUUUAGUUGCUUUGAGCAGACACUGUGUAUGUCACAUUUUUAGCGCAUUGUGGUCUUGUGAUCACCUUCUCUGCAUUUAUUUCUUCAUCCCACAGUUCAAAUUUAUGAAAUUCAUGUAAUUUGUUUAUCAUUUCAAUAUAAGUAAUAAUUAUUAUUAUUUGUGGAAAGAACACUUGAAGCAAAUGCCCUGCUUUGUCUGUAAGGGUAUUAUGCUGAAGUUAUUUUACUGUAACAUUAGGAAUCACAAUGUUGCUAAAUGUACAGUGCCUUAAUUGGUGUAUUUUAAAAUGUUAUUCUGUACAGAUUUAAGUGCUUUUAAAUUGCUGAAGUGCAGUGCCCUGUCUAAUAAAACUGAAAAUAUACAUGAACUUAAAUAUGCUUAACCUUGUAAAACUUGAUAAAAUCUGUUUUUAUUGGUUUAGCUCAAAGUCAUCUCUUUAGAACUGUUCAUUCCCAGACUGAUCCGUAGCAUUUUAUUCUCUAUUUAGCCUGCAAUAUAUGAUAAUCUGGACUUUGGAAUUGAUUUGGAGUCCAGAGUGGCUUUGGUGGGUCCCAAUGGAGCUGGCAAGUCCACACUACUGAAACUGCUUGAUGGAACACUGACACCUUCUGAUGGGCUUAUACGAAGGCAUAAUCACCUCAAAAUAUGCCGUUACCACCAGGUUUGAUCAACCGCAAAUAUGAGCUUUAUACAGCUAUAACUCAAUCACAGGGCUGUGCUCUAGUGGAGCAUGGCCCCUAACACCCAACAUUUUGCUCUCAGGCAACUAGAAAAUCUUAGCUUUUUCAUACAAAUCAUAUGCUAAGCACCCAAGAUUUGACAGUUUCAGAGCUCUCUUUGAACAGUUUUACUUAGAGCAUAGCCUUGAAUCACAUCACAGAGUAUUAAAUAGUUGAAGCUAUUGCAAGGCAUAGAAAAACACAGGAAAAAAUAAAAGGUUAUUUAAAGUGCUAAGUUGUCAUUCAAUGUCUAAACUAUUUGGGUGUAGCCCUUGAUCAGUGGAAAGCCAUUGGUUUUGGCACUGCCGAGACAUGUUUAUUAAAAUGUAUGCAUGUACAGUCACUGUAAGCGCAAGUCUUAAAGUUGCUGCUGUUAUGUAGCUGGGAGAAAAAAUAGGCACAUUUCUUGCUGUUUCCCUUGCUUAGUAUUGCUGCAGAAAUUAAUGCACCAUAUUGUCAAUGAUGGGGCAACAUGUGACUAAGGCAAAAUAAUGGUAGUCUUCACACUAGAGCCUAAUUAAGCUAGGAAAUAUUUCAAGACAAGUAAAUUUUAAAUUCUUCAAAUAAAAGGAAGCUUCACACACAACCUAUCUUUUUUACUUUAGGUUAACUUACGGCUAUUUUCCCACGCAACAUAAUUAAGAUUGAUUGACAUGCUUUGCCCUUCUCAAAGCUCAAGAAACCGCAAGGUCGCAAAGUCAGUUUUAAGGAUGGUUUUCAAGUCACUUGAAACUUUUCUUGAAUCGUUUCAACUUUCCGACCUUAAUGAAAUGCAGAGCAAAAGAACUUGAGAUUUUACUUUGGCCUUUACACACAUCUUCGGUUAAGUAAAACUUAGCAGCUCUUAAGUCUUACAUAACGGCCUGGUGUAAAGACUACCAAUAAAUGCUCUACGUCUGAUGAGUUACCAUAGUUAGGUGGCAGAUUUUUUAAGCCAAUCAAAUGCCUUAAAGAAGAGCAAUUUAUUACCAAGCAACUAAAUAUCAUGCUUCAAUAAUCUGACAAUUUUUUUCUGGAAUUUCUGGCAGCAUCUCCAAGACAUGUUGGAGCUGGACAAGUCAGCACUAGAAUUCAUGAUGAAAUGUUUUCCUCACAUUAAGGAAGUAGAGGACAUGAGGAAAUCAAUAGGAAGAUAUGGACUGACUGGUAAACAACAGGUGUGUACAAUGUAAUAUAGAUAGAUAUGGACUGACUGGUAAACAACAGGUGUGUACAGGGUAAUAUUAGUGAGUUUACGCAAGAGGACGUUAGAAAGAAGAGGAUGGCAAAGCGCUUGUGUUAGACGAACAUGACAGGGCUACUUCUUGCAUGUUAUCCUCACUUAACAUUAAUGUUUUGUGGUCUUAACAAAAACAUCUGUUUAAAGGAAAGUGAAGUUUGGCGUAAAGUUAUUUCAAAGAAAAUUAUUGUCAUGCUUGUCAUACGAGGUUUGCUGUCUUCUUUCCUCUCCUGUCCUGCUGCGUAAGUUCAUCAUGAACAAGGAGGAAAGAAGAUGGUACUUGGUUCUGGAAAAAAUAACAAAGAUGUAAUGAGAAUGCCACCAUCAUCCAUGGGAAAAAGAGGAAAACAGAAUGUAAGGCCAUGAAUUUGAUCCCCUUCUGCAACUACAGGGGUUUUUUAUUAUUCAUUCUCUUUAUAGGUCUAGGUGUCUGUUGUUUUAUGGCCAAGCUCUAAAAAUUUUGUUAAUCUGUCUCUUCGAUGAAGCUUUCUUUGUUGCUGAUCCUGUUAGUAAACUGGACACAAAUAUGAAGCGAGUAUCUCAUGGAUCAGUUUUUGACAAGUUCCUCGUUGGUUGGGUUCAAUUCCUGUUGGUGACAUCAAACUGUCCUCUCUUUCCAAUUCUAAUUGUAGAUUGAUAAACACCACAUCUCUGUUUGGUUUAGGGUGGCUGCAUUGUUAUUACAGGCACAUUGCACUAUGAUGAACUUUUUGUCAUAUCCUUUUCUCGGUUUUAAUGUAGUGGCUAUGAAACUUUGAGAAGAACUACACCCAUCAUUCAGCAAUAAUAUGAAAUUACCUGAUUUUUUUCCCUGACCGUGAUUUAUUUGGAAUACUUACUUUGUCAAUAGAAGCUGAUACCAGAAAUUUCAGUAAAAAAUGUCAGCAAAAUUUUACACUAGAUGUGAUAAAUUGAGGCAUUGCCAAAUAAUAGCUGUAGUACUUAAAUUUUAAUAGCCAUCACAUUAAAACCAAGAAAGUUAUGACACAAAGCUUGUCAUAGUUCAUUGCAUCUGUAAUAAAAAUGGAGCCACCUUGAAUGAGAGCUUACAGCUACAGUUUACUACAAGCUGUCCCUGAGGAUUUAGACAAGCAUGCAAACAAUCAAGCGCUCUCCCAUUUUUUUGUGUCUGCCUGUUCAGUUUUUUCCAUGGGACUGAAUUUUCUUUCCCUGUAUUAUAACUUACAGUCACACUAGUACAGCUUCUGUGUGCUUAGGGGGAAGGGGAGGGGAGGAAGAGAGGGAUUGUUCUUUGUAGUCAUCUGCUCUUUGAACAGAGAUGCUAAACCUGUCAUUACUGUUAAGUGGCAUUUAAAUGCAAACAUAAGCUGCACACAUGGAACCCAAGUAAAAAUGUAAGCACAGAGAGCCCAAAAUACAUGCACUUAAUUUUCAAGGUCACUUUGACUUCUGAUGACUUGAAAGGUAAUGUCACCAAUACAGGCGUAUUAUCGUUGGCGUCUGAACCUGCUACCUUGUAAAUUCUAACUUGUGCUUUAUUUUAAUUGAAAACAGAUCUGUCCAAUGCAGAACUUAUCCGAUGGUCAGCGCUGUCGUGUGGUGUUUGCAUGGUUAGCCUUCCAGGCACCUCAUCUCUUGUUACUUGAUGAACCUACAAAUCAUUUGGAUAUGGAGACGAUUGACGCACUGGCUGAUGCCAUCAAUGACUUUGAAGGAGGACUGGUGCUUGUUAGUCACGAUUUCAGGCUGAUCAAUCAGGUGAAAAUGGUUAUAAACUGUUCACUGGUUCAAUGCGCUGUUAUGUCUACAAUACGUUUUGAUCGCAUAAUCGUCUCAAAACUUGGUGAAUAGAUCACCUUUUUAGCUUGUAAGUUUUGUUUCCCCGUUUCAGUCUACGAGAUAGUACCCCAGACAACUGUUUCUCUCAGAUGUCGUCCUAUGCAUCCGCGUGCAUAUGUAUGCGUAAUUUCUGAGAAGACAAAAGGCAAAUUCCCUCACGUAGAUUUCGUACCAUUUAUACGAGCAGUUCGCGGCUUAUGUAAGCCGCCGCCUAUUUUCUCGCAUAAACGGCCCUAAUGUGUCUGUUGUAGUAAUAAGUAUGCAUAGCAGUUAAAAAUAGGGACCUUAACAUCCGUUGACGGCGACGACAACAAGGAAGUGAAAACAACAACUUUUCACGUACAGCACGCUUUUUUGUACAUUUCUUUGUUGUCGCUGCACGACUACGACUUGAAAAUGCCUAUUUUCACGUUUUAUGGAGGAAGUAAACGAUAGACGACGAAAUUUUAUUUCUCUUUCUGAACUUGGGAAUUGUUCUCAGGAGGGUUCGCGUGCAUUUGACGAAGGAAGAGUGAGUUACAAUAAUCGCAAAGAAGAUUGAAAGAGCGCGACUUUUUCGCUGCCGUCGCUGUCCUUUCAUGUUAAGGUCCCUAAUAUUACCAACAAAAAUGCUGUACACUCCAUCAGCUUUCCCACAUGUAAGAUUUUUGCUGCGUUCAUUUUCCCUAGGUUGCAAAAGAAAUUUGGAUCUGCGAGAAAAAGACUAUCACUCCAUGGAAGGGAGAUAUUUUAUCAUACAAGGAGGAGCUGAAGAAGAAAGUGACCAAAAAACACAAAGCGUAAUCUAUUUAUUUUUACUUAAGGACAAUAAUUGCUAUUAGAGCGGUUUUCAUUUGAGUGUCGAAAAGUAAUUGGUUUUGCACUUUCUACACGAUGCGAUUGGCUUAAAAGAUUCGCGCCACCUUUUCAUCCAAUCAGAAGUAAAACCAAAGCCAAUUGUGACGCUUUGCGUCAGCCACAUGAAAUUACUUCGAGUUUUGAUUGGUUCAAUGUAUUGUCUGUGUCCUAUGUGAUUGGCCAGAGUAAUUACUUUGGUUUUGGUUUUACGACACUCAAACGAAAACCACUCUAUUAUUUUGAGUAGUCUAUACAUUGUAACCUAGCUGCUGUUAGAAACUCUGGAAGCCUAUAUGAAUAUUGUUAGAGCUAAAACGUGUGUUGAAAACACGUUAUUAGUGAGCUAAAGCAGAGAGUUGUUUGAGCGAUGCACUUCAACCGGAACUGGACUUUGUGCCUUCUUGGGCAGUGGUUUCGCCCAAAUUUUCCGGCGAAUCGCCUCUUUAGAAUAAAGGAAGUUGGCACUACAAAUUUGGUAGAGUCAAGGCAUAUUAUAAGGCAAAGGUUGUCGUGCGUCGCUGAAAAAUGCCUUUGUUUAAACUCCCUAUUACUUCUCACAGUUGACUUAGUACAGCCGAAAGAAAGACAACUGAUAGGGGACACUGCCUUGUUACCUUUAAACAGUCCCAAAUAACUGACAUAUUUGUGGACCUUUUUUCGUAAUUUUAUUAACUUUGCAUGCAAGUACUCCCUUGGAAUUGUCACUGUUCCGCGGUUGAGCAUGUUAUGAGCAGUAGGCCACUUCCAAGUUCCAAAAACCCUCACUUUCAAAAUGAGGCCAAGUGCACAACCUUCCUUGUGAAAAUGAGUUUUAUUUGCAUGAGAAUGGAAAAUCAUCUCCAUAUCAAAGGCUGAGUGCUCCACUGGUCUGACGGAGUAUCCAAUGUACAAACCUUCAUCACGCUAGAGUUUUCCUUUGAUUCUUAACGUAUGAAAACAAGAUGAAGCGAAUCCUGUCUUCUGAUUGGCUGCCUUCCGCAUUGGUGCCGCAAGAAAAAGUUCUCCUUUUGACCUUAUUAUAUAUCCUUUAUUAACCAUGCUUGUUCGAUCAAGAUGGCGGGAUAUUUGCCUCGCUUUUUUUGCGUUUUGAUUGACCUUGACUUCGUCCCGCUCCUACCCUGUGCGCCAGAGGCUUUUCAUGCGCGGUUUCCGGUUUCGGUCAAGUCUUGAAAAGUAACCCGCGCGAAAAGCAUGCGUUGUUGAUAAGCGUGAUGGCUGGGUAUUUGCC